CGGGACAGCUGCAGUUCGUCCGCCCCACCGCUAGGGGAUGAGCGCCGAGAGCCGGAGGGGUCCGAGCCAGAGACAACGAGAUACCGAUCCAGGAGAAGCGAGGACGCGGAGCAUCCCGGAGCCCGGCAACAACAUGUUUCCAUCCCUGGGGCAUGACCAUGCAGCUAGGCCUGGCCCUGGUGCUAGGGGUGGCCCUGUGCUUGGGGUGUGGCCAAUCCCUGCUGCGGGCCCCUGCACGUCCCUUCUCGGUGCUGUGGAACGUCCCUUCAGCACACUGUAAGAACCGCUUUGGCGUGCCCCUGCCACUCGAGGCCCUGGGCAUCUCAGCCAACCGUGGCCAGCAUUUCCACGGCCAGAAUGUCACCAUCUUCUACAAGAACCAGCUUGGCUUCUACCCCUACCUUGGGCCAAGGGGCACAGCUCACAAUGGGGGCAUCCCACAGGCUGUGCCUCUGGGCCGCCACCUGGCGCGGGCUGCUCAUCAGAUCCGCCGCAGCCUGUGGCCGGGCUUCGCUGGCCUGGCAGUCCUGGACUGGGAGGAGUGGUGUCCACUCUGGGCUGGGAACUGGGGCCGCCGCCAAGUCUAUCGGGCUGCCUCCUGGGCUUGGGCACAAUGGGUAUUCCCCAACCUGGAUCCCCAGGAGCAGCUCCACAAGGCCCGUGUUGGCUUCGAACAGGCAGCCCGUGCACUGAUGGAGGACACGUUGUGGCUUGGCCGGGCACUGCAGCCCCAGGGGCUCUGGGGCUUCUAUCGCUUCCCAGCCUGUGGCAAUGGCUGGCGUGGUACGGCUUCCAAGUACACGGGCCACUGCCAUGCUGCUGCCGUGGCCCGCAACACCCAACUGCGUUGGCUCUGGGCCGCCUCCAGCGCCCUCUUCCCCAGCAUAUACCUCCCACCCAGGCUACCACCUGCUCACUACCAGGCAUUUGUCCGAUACCGCCUGGAGGAGGCCUUCCGUGUGGCCGUUGCUGGGCACCCACAUCCCCUGCCUGUCCUGGCCUAUGCCCGCCUCACACACCGGAGCUCUGGGAGGUUCCUGUCCCAGGAUGAACUUGUGCAGACCAUUGGUGUGAGCGCGGCACUGGGGGCAGCCGGCGUGGUGCUCUGGGGGGACCUGAGCUUCUCCAGUUCUGAGGAGGAGUGCUGGCAUCUCCAUGACUACCUACUGGGCACCCUGGGUCCCUAUGUGAUCAACGUGACCAGGGCAGCCGUGGCCUGCAGUAACCAGCGGUGCCAUGGCCAUGGCCGUUGUGCUUGGCAAAACCCAGGACAACUAGAAGUCUUUCUGCAUCUGCAGCCAGAUGGCAGCCCUGGAGCUUGGGAGUCCUUCAGCUGCCGAUGUUACCACGGCUGGGCUGGCCCUACCUGCCAGGAGCCCAGGCCUGAGCUUGGGCCUGAAGAAGCACCAUAAAGCCAGGAGUCACCUGCCCCUGACUGUCUUGUUCCUGCUGCCAUUUUUCCAGUCCUGAAGGGAGGACUCUGUCCCCCUCUUGUUAUAUGUAGCUUAUUGUCACUUCUCGCAUGCACAUACCCCACUUCCCAUAGCACCCCUGGGGAGUGGAAGAGGCCAGAAGAAACACACCAUUUUAAAACCAGAGGCCCUCUGAGAUCACCUGAUCCUCCUGACAUGAAAGCAGCCCCAGGAAAAGUCAGUAUGCCAAAAGGUUAAGGUUGCCAGCCCAGGGCUCUGUUCUACACCUCACUGAGUCUGCGCAGAGGUCACAGGAGACCCGUCCAGGGAUGGGGGAGGGGGCCCCCAAGGAGAUUCUGGCUAACAUCUGCUAAGUGCUAAGCUGUUGCCUCUACUCUGCUUUCAUCAUAAAGUUACUUUUUCUCUCA